AUCAGAAAGCAUUCCUUUGUCUCCUUUUAUAAAGAAGGGAGUUUAGGCACUGAGAACGAAUCAAACAGGAUCUAUAAAGGCGUAGUUGAAAACACCUUUCAUUAUUUCGAGUUCGAGACUUGAGGAAAGCAUCUCAUCUGAAAGUCACAAGUUUCGGGAAAAAGAAACAGAGCAGAAAUGAAUUCCCUUUGGAUAACUACUUGGCUGCUCGCGGGUGUAUUUGUUUCAGCGCUGGCCACGGAGGACAGAAAGCUGGAGAAGAGGCAAGCUGACGAAUGUGACCCUUCGAAGACAGACAAAGUCAUGGUGUUACCGGGUCCCAUCACGGAUUAUGCAAUGAUAGAAAACGCUUUCGUAUACGAUCUGCAUGCUGUUUCAAUCUGCAUGAUUGCACAGUGGAAUCCUUUCCAUGUCGAGCCCAGUGAUAAUCAAUGUGUGUUCAGCUACGCUGUCCCAGGAUCAGACAAUGAAUUGACUCUUUGCUCAUAUCCUACUUCCCAUGUGCUUAUCCAUGGCCAAAGGAGGGACGCUGACCAAGACAUCCCUAUUUCACCACUUUUGUUUCACAUGGAGCAACACAAACGGAGAUUACAAAUUCUGGAUAGAUGGAGAAGUCGUCGGGAGUGGCUCUGA